AUCAAUCAACAAACUAAAUCGUUAAAAAUGUCCACAUUGUCAGUUCUAACUAGACAGAUUAUGGGCCGUGAUCUAAGUAUAUCUAUAUGUCGAGAUCUGGAAACUUUAACCUUCGAAUCCUCGUCAGGGGUUCAUAGGAUUACGAGUCUGGGCGUCGCCAAAAGCAAUUCAAAAUUGGAGCAAAUUUUUCAUAUUGCUUUCUCACACCACUUGUUUAUUCGUUUUUAUCAUCCCUCAAUUUCUCCCAAAUGAAUUGUAUAAACAGGCUUCUACAUCAAUGAUUCCUCUGCCACAGUAUACUAAGUGACGAAAGCCUGCCUUACACAACGAUUUCUGGAAUGUACCCCUAUCUGUAUAACGUUGUACAGUACCGGUAUCCCAUUAUUACUGUCUAUACCCGUUAUCAUUUUGAACCAGUUCGAACAUGCAUGGACUAAUCUUGUUUCUCAUCUGCCCUGACCUAGUCUCAAUGGAGAAUGACGAUAGUUGACAGAUCUAUUUCUCGCGAAUCUUAUGUAACCUACAGGAUUUGAUCAAAAGAUCUCUGGGUCGGUCUCCGGUAACAUGCAUACUUUUUGUCACUUGGUAGCAAGGACUCGGAAGCUGCAACCCAUAUCAUCCGCCUCCAAUUCACUGUCGAUAUGUCUUCAGCUCGGUGGAAAUGAUCUUGACUCAAAGAGUCUGGACCUAAAAAAUCAAUCAUCAAUAUGCCUUUUCUUGACUGACAAAAGUUCCGGGAAUCUAUCAGCUCCAGGUCUGUGAUCGAGAUCGUGCAUCAGGAAUGUGGACUAGAUCGCGCUCGCAGCAUUUACUUUUUUUUUGAACCACAUCUCUUGUAUCCCUUCGUUUAUAUAUACUUGAGCCAUGCCCCUCGUCUUGCUGUCGAUUAUCGCGGUGAAUCGCAUCUACUAUAGCUUUUAAUUUAAGACCUUGCUUCGAUAUAUACCCAUCGUUUUUUUAUUCCGCCGCUUUGCAUUCAUCAAUUUCUCAUUCCGUCUAGAUCCUUAUCUUUUUAUUUCACCUACAAACUCAACAUGCCCCCCUCAAAGCCAAAGCCUUCAGAGAUCGCCGCUGAGGCGAAGAAAACUUACGUCCCUUAUAUACGCAGUGCAUGCCCGCAGUGGCCAGCUACUUCGUACUUAUGCCAUUCGGAUUCUCUCCGAGAUCAGCCAAUUAGGGAAUCAAGACAGUAUACAUUUGCUUUUAUGGAACGAGAUCCCGUGGAUCUAGCUCUUGAAUGGACGGCCAGCGAGAAUGAUCGACCCAUUCCAGUCAUCAUGCCGGCACAUGAAAGGCGACCAGGUGGUGAUUGGGAAGCUGGUGUUAUGCAACCGGAAGAAUGCUUAGCCAGACGAAGCACUCUAUAUACUUGCUUAACGACACCAGCAUCAGACAACAUCACCUCGAAUAAUUACCCUAUUCCCGAACGAGCUGGUAUUAUCUCUCAGAACGUUGUUGUUUUCCGCAAUGGACCAGAAAAGUAUGAGCCGUGGUCAGAAUACAAAUCACUGCCCAUAAUUUCUGUCCCUACCGUCAAGCGUCCUAAGCUUGAUAGCUCAGGCAAAAAGUACUCUUUUAAAACGGAACGGGAAUUGAUGAAAGCUUCCAUUAAGACCGCCUUGCGGAUUGCAAUUUUCUACGGUUAUGAUAAGAUUGUAAUCGGAACGUAUGGGCUUGGCCCAGGUUUCAAGAAUCCACCAGAAGAAGUUGCAAAUAUCUGGCGUGAGCUUCUCGUUCGUGACAACGAGUUCAAUCAGCAGUUUUCAGCCAUCAUCUUUGCCUUUGAGCCAUGUGAAGGUCCCGGAGGCUCCAGCUCCAGCAGUCCAAGUUCUUCAUCAAAAAGUUCAAAGUCAUCAAGCUCAAGUAGCAAAACUUGUUUCACUCACGAACUCGAAAUUUUCAGGCAGACGUUCAAGCCAGCAAAUCUCCAUGGCGCGUUCAAGGCUUGAAAUUUUUCAACGGUGAUCUUUGCUUGGCGUUCUAGGUGGUGCAAAGGGUAAUAGCUGUCACGAUGCAGGCAUGGGUGUAUUACAUGGUGGCGUUUGUGACGCGACAGGGAAUACAGAAUUCAGGCCUGGCUUAAGAGCGGUGGGAAAAUGUUGGGACUACUUUAUCAUUUUUUCUGUAGUCAGCUAUUCAAUUGC